AUGGAGCGCGCGAAGUCGCGCGACGACGUCAAACCCGCCUUGGAUCACUGGCGCCACGUCGAGAAGAUAGCCCAGAUGUCCGCCACGGAUAAGGUUUACCGGCCAUGUGGUCGGCUUGUGGAGGUAGACUGCAAUAAGUUGGACAAGGAUGCCGCGAGUGAAGCGAUCAUCUCGGCCUUAGAGAACUUUAUUAGAGAUCCAAAUCGAAACAAGGUGCAGUUGCCUCCGUUUUCACUGCCAAACGUGACUGUGCCUCUCCCCUUGAUUCCCAAGCACAACGUUUUUGAGCAACUCAAGAAGGAUAUUCACAUGAUUAUUGAGAAUCCGACAAACCGAACGGACACCCCACCGCUUUCCACGAUAGGUGGCUAUGUAGACCUCAACUUAUUCCAAAACUGCCGUAAAAAUAAUCGGUCCGUCGCGCGCUUUAUGAAUGUGACUCUGAAAGUAGAUGGACAGCGCUUUUUGGUGGUCAGGCAUCGGGAGUACGGGUUUCUGGGCUUUCCUUUUAUUUUUAAUUUCUGUCUUGAUUUUAAUAGCCUCUUCGCUAAAGCUGACCUUUUGUCUGACACGAAACUAGAUAAACCUUUAGAUGUUAUCCUCGACACUGAGCUGCAAACAGAUUGCAUGGGUAAGACGAUGCUUCACAUUAUAGACUUUGUAUAUUUCCACGGAUACCAAGCAAAAUUGCUUUCCUUCUUGGAGCGAUACAGAAUGCUCAGAGAAUGGAUUCCAACGUCCUACCACUAUCCCGAGUGCUUGAGCAAUCCACAAAACUUUUGCCUUAAGCUGUAUGUGCCCAUUAACAAAUUGUAUACUAUUCUGAAUCGACUUGAGGAUGCGCCCUUUGCUGUGGACGGCAUCGUUUUUCAACAUAAUGAAAUUUAUCGAUUGGGGAUGGAUCGAUACAUGCUAAAGUGGAAACCCCAAGAACUGUGUACGGCGGAUUUUCGUCUUGAUAAGGGGGAAAGGUCUGUGGACGAAAAGACCUGGACAUUCAAGCUCUACGUGAUUGAUUACAGUUCAAAUAACCGUAGCGCUUGGCAGGAAGUGCCUUUUCCAGGCGCUAUAGGUGUUUUCACGGUAGAGGAAGUGUUGGAAAAGGGGUUGAGUGAAGGUAAAAUUGUCGAACUUUUUCUGCAUAAAAUUGAAACUGAUAAAUUUGUAACUUAUGACUCGAAAUCUAUGCACUGUACAGUGUGGAGUUUCCAUCGCGUUCGAGAAGAUAAACCAGGUCCCAACAAACUUACAACGGUGAAGCAGAUUGUUGAGCUUUCGCAUCUUACGUAUGCGGAUCUUCUCCGCGAAACUCGUUCAGUGCGUUACGUGGAACCGUUGAAAAUUAUUCAUACCAAGAAGGAUUAA